AUGGACAGCAAGAGGACCCGCGGACAUGGAAUAAACACUAUUCAGAUCAACCAGGCACGAGAGAUUCAUGCUCAGACGGUGCGUGCAAGGGACCCGAGAGCCCAGCCGCGUCCAGUGCUCCACGCUCCUGCUAUAAACGCUCCUGCACCAAAUCGUCACAUAUGCAACAAUCCCAACAAUCCUGCUUGUGCACACUGUUCCGCAGUUAUAAUACCCGCGCCUAAAGCCACCCUGCCUCUGGAAGACACACCCUCCAUUUCCAUAGAGGACUGGACAAUAACAACAAGGAAGAAGCCCAUUCUUAAUUCCAAAGAGCUUGACGAAUGGGAUCGCACCUUGGGCGGGCUCACGAUGCCAGAGAUGAUAUUUGGGAACAGUUUCGUAAAGAUUGAAAACAAAAAACAUGAUUGGUGUUUGGAGUUCAACGCUUUGGACGCUCUCAAGGCCGUCAAGGUGGAGGACUCAGGGAUUCGCGUGUCAUAUGCUAACAAAUGGAUAAAAUCAAAGCAGGCGCAGCAGAAAUCUUCCGAACUGGCUGAAUCUUCGUUGCAAAUCGGUCAGCACUACGAUUGGACCUACACCACUAAAUAUAAAGGUACAAUCAAAAGCGGCACUCAUAAUUUCACACAAGACAACUCUACCGCUCUACCACUAGACAAGCUCUCACGCCCUGACCCCAUUCUUUUUUAUGAUGACAUGAUUCUAUUUGAGGACGAGCUAGCUGACAACGGUAUAAGCGUCGUCAACGUCAAGAUACGCGUCAUGAACGAGCGCGCCUUGCUUUUGAGUCGCUUCUUUCUGAGGGUUGAUGGUGUUCUUUUCAGAGUUUAUGACACUAGAGUGUACGUUGAAUUCGAUGAAAACCGCGUUCUUCGGGAGUACAAGGAACAUGAGGCAGACUACAAAUAUGUACUUUCCAAAAACAGCGGAAGGCAUAGCCGCGAUCCCAAGGCUAUUUUAAGGGAUAGCAACUGGGUAGCACAGCAGCUGCCACUGGUUAAGAGAGAAUGCGAAGUAUUACAGUUCUGA